AUGUUCCUUAGAAUGGAGGUGAUUCCAAAAUUUCUAGCUGGACUCGUUCUGCUGACUCUAUGUGUGGAGAGCUGUUCCAGCCAGCAUUGGUCCUAUGGAUUGCGCCCGGGAGGCAAGAGAAAUGCUGAAAAUGUGAUUGAUUCUUUCCAAGAGAUAGACAAAGAGGUCGGCCAACCGGCAGAAGUCCAGCGCUUCGACUGCACCGUCCACCAGCGACGGUCGCCUCUCAGGGACCUGAAAGGAGCUCUGGAAAGUCUGAUUGAAGAGGAAACUGGGCAGAAGAUUUAA